UUUUGCCUUGAGAGAAAAGAGAGAGAACUUUGUACCUUUUGUUGAAAAAUAAAGUUCUUCAUUUUCUCCUUCAAAAAGUUCUUCAUUUCUCCCAAAAGUUCUUCAUAAGUUCUUGAAUUCAAUCGACAGCAUCGACACUGAAGAGAGAAUAAAAGAAAUGGGAAGUCAGCAGAAGGAAGCACAAAUGAGUACGGUGGCCACACCGUCCUUCGGUGGUGGCAGCAACCGCAUAGCAGCGGUUAACACGGGAGUGGCAACGGCAACUCCGACCAACACCGUCAAGCCACAGAAUCAUCGAGAAGAACAAACCAUCAAUCAUCAGAAACCUGGAUGGAGAAAGUUUCUAUCACAUGUUGGUCCUGGCUUCCUUGUCUCAUUGGCUUACCUUGAUCCUGGCAACUUGGAAACGGACUUGCAGGCUGGAGCUAAUCACGGAUUCGAGCUUCUAUGGGUGGUGCUUAUCGGAUUAAUAUUUGCGCUCAUAAUCCAAUCCCUCGCUGCAAAUCUUGGCGUAAGCACCGGAAAACACCUUUCGGAAGUUUGCAAAGCCGAAUAUCCCAUAUUUGUAAAGUACUGCCUUUGGUUGCUAGCUGAAGUUGCUGUAAUAGCAGCCGAUAUUCCAGAAGUGAUAGGAACAGCCUUUGCUCUGAAUAUUCUAUUCCAUAUUCCUGUUUGGGCUGGGGUUCUUCUCACCGGUUUGAGUACCCUCUUGCUCCUUGGACUCCAAAGAUAUGGGGCGAGGAAGCUGGAAUUGCUGAUAGCAAUAUUAGUGUUCGUAAUGGCGGCGUGUUUCUUCGGGGAAAUGAGCUACGUUAAGCCUCCGGCGACCGGCGUUUUAAAAGGAAUGUUUGUUCCAAAGCUCAACGGCCAAGGAGCCACCGCCGACGCCAUCGCUCUUCUCGGCGCCCUCGUUAUGCCGCAUAACCUCUUUCUUCAUUCCGCUCUUGUCCUCUCAAGGAAAGUCCCCAAUUCCGUCCGUGGUAUCAACGAGGCCUGUAGAUACUUCCUAAUAGAGAGCGGAUUUGCACUGUUCAUAGCAUUUUUAAUAAACGUGGCCGUCGUUUCAGUUUCCGGCACCGUUUGUACGGUCGGAAAAGUCUCCGAAACCACCGCCGAUCAAUGCUCCGACAUAACUCUCAACUCCGCCUCCUUCCUCCUCCAGAACGUACUGGGAAAAUCGAGCUCCACUAUUUACGCCAUAGCGUUGUUUGCCUCUGGACAAAGCUCCAGCAUCACCGGCACUUAUGCCGGUCAGUUCAUCAUGCAGGGAUUUUUGGACCUGAAAAUGAAAACAUGGGCGAGAAACCUUAUGACGAGGUCCAUUGCAAUUACGCCCAGUCUCAUCGUAUCCAUCAUCGGUGGACCUCAAGGUGCCGGCCGUCUCAUCAUCAUUGCAUCGAUGAUUCUUUCGUUCGAGCUUCCAUUUGCUCUAAUUCCACUCCUCAAAUUCAGUAGCAGCAGCACCAAGAUGGGCCCCCACAAGAACUCCAUAUACAUCAUUGUAAUCUCGUGGAUAUUGGGCCUGGCAAUCAUCGGCAUCAACAUCUAUUAUCUCAGUACGGCCUUCGUGGGCUGGCUAAUUCACAACAAUUUACACAGAAUAGCAAAUGUGUUCAUUGGGAUCGUUGUGUUUCCUUUGAUGGCUGCUUACAUUCUUGCCGUUAUUUACCUAAUGUUUCGAAAAGACAGGGUUGUGACUUACAUUGAGCCCGAAAAGGAUGACCCUAUGGCCCAAGCCCAUUUAGAAAGUGGGCUUAAUAAUUCUUUUGGGCCUCGUGACUUCACUCCGGUGCCUUUCAGAGAGGAUUUGGCCCAUAUCCCACUACCAGAGUAUAAGCCUUGAUAGCUAAUCUGGGCCUGCAUUCAACUCUGGGCCGAUCGUCUUUUUUCUGCCACCUUGGCGCACUAAUGUUGCUUUUUGUAGUCUUUGCUACAGGCCAUUCUGUAGAUAGUUUGCUUCUGUCGUUUUUUUCCCUGAAUUAAUGACAAAAGUGGGUGGAGAAAUGUUAAUUGAACUAUGUUCAAGUUGAAACGAUGUGUGUUAUGUAAUUUCAAACAUGUAAUAAUUAAAAUGAUGAUAAUAAAUCAUUAUUUUUC